GUUUGGAGAGGAGGGAGCGCGCGGAGGAUGGCUGCUCUCAUCAGCGCGUACUCGUCGUGGCCCGAGUCCUUCGAGUGUCCUCCAGGAGACGGAGACGUGCCCGACGGACACGGCCCCCACAGGACUCCCGUGGACAAGACGCCGGAACCGCGCAUCCGACGGCCCAUGAACGCGUUCAUGGUCUGGGCCAAAGACGAGCGCAAACGGCUGGCGGUCCAGAACCCGGACCUGCACAAUGCAGAGCUCAGCAAAAUGUUGGGAAAGUCAUGGAAGGCCCUGACUCCCCCCCAGAAGAGACCCUACGUGGAGGAGGCCGAGCGGCUGCGGGUGCAGCACAUGCAGGACUAUCCCAACUACAAGUACCGUCCACGCCGGAAGAAACAGCUGAAGCGCAUCUGUAAGAGAGUGGACCCUGGCUUCCUCCUGAGCGGGCUGGCUCCGGAUCAUGGCACCCUGCCCGAGCGAGCCCUGACUCACCCCCACGACAAAGACGAGGGCGGCAUCAGCGGCGGGUUUUCCGGCUCCAGCCCUUCUCUGCCCAGCGUGAGAACCUUCAGAGACCCAGCUGGCUCCAGUAGCAACUUUGACACCUACCCCUACGGCCUGCCCACGCCUCCUGAGAUGUCCCCCUUGGAUGCCAUGGACCAUGAGCACCUCCCCCCCACCUAUUACUCCACGUCUGGUAGCUCUUCCGUCUCCUGCUCUUCCACGGCCUCGUGUUCAGACGAGCACCACCAGAGUCAGACACACAUGGGCAGCCCACCCCCUUACCACACUGACUACACCCAAAUCCACUGUGGGGGGACACAUCUAGGCCACAUCCCUCAAAUGCACCAAACCGGAGGUGGCAGUGGACUGAUACCCGGCCCUCCCCUGUCUUACUACAGUUCCUCUUCGUUCCCACAGAUUCACCACGGUCUCCACCAGGGUCACCUGGGUCAACUGUCCCCCCCACCGGAGACUCAGGGGCACCUGGAAACUUUGGACCAGCUUAGCCAGGCUGAACUUCUGGGUGAGGUGGACCGCAAUGAGUUUGACCAGUACCUGAACUCCACAGGGGGUGGGUUCCACCUCGAACAUGGCGGCAGCAUGACUGUAACAGGACACAUCCAGGUGGCAUCGACUGCCGCCACCUCUGCCGCCGCGUGUCCCAGCAGCACCACAGAAACCAGCCUCAUUUCUGUGCUCGCGGAUGCAACAGCUGCGUACUACAACAACUACAGCGUCUCAUAAGCGUAACACGUGUCAAAACUUUACUGAUUAGAGACACUAAACAUGUUUAGAGAUGGGGACUGAC